CUGAUUUUUCCAGCGAAAACUAACAUAAAAAGAAAAAUUCAUAACUCCACCAAGAUUUGUUUUCAUGAAAAUCUUAAGGGUCCUCUAUAUACUCUGAAAGUUUCACAAUUCUAUCACUCUCUUUUCUAGAGUUAUGGGACAUUUCUACAAGUACGAGUGAGGGUUUUGGCAAAGGGAUCACUGAUGCUUACAUCCACAUCCUUACUUAUAGAAAUCUCUUAUAAUUCGAGAAAAGAGAGUGAUAGAAUUGUGAAACUUUUAGAGUAUAUAGAGGACCCUUAAGACUGCUACCAAAACAAAUUUCGGUUCUGUGUGAGUUUCCUUGGUGGAGUUAUGUGAAUUUUUCUUUUUAUGUUAGUUUUCACUGGGAAAAUCAGAAAAAUGAUCGUAAGCCGUCGACCGGAACCCGUUUAGGCUUUUUACCUAUUCGAAAUCUUCUAUCGAAUGAUACAUAAACGAACGAAACCGGAGCGAGACAUCUGAGAAUGUUCCGUCGUAAGUGCACGAACUCUUUUCAAGGUAUCCAUAGCUCAUUGGGGUAUACAGAAUGCACAUAGUCAUGACUUAAAAGCAAUUAAUCAUUUGGAGAACUUCGCUCGUAAGUAAAAGGAUGAUGAAGAGAUGUCUUCCAAAAUAGAUAGUAUAAAACAAUCUCCAUGUGAUUAGUAACAGCAAUUAUUAUCGCUAUGUAAGAGAGAACAUCUCAGGCCAUCGAAAUUUGAUUGGUCAGCAAUUGAUCAAUCAGAUGAGUUAUUAGUGGAGAAUUUUCAAAACGAUGUUCUGAAGUUACUCUCUUUCGAUUUACGCAAGGCCGACAUUCUUAGCUUGUUUCGUUCGAGAGUUAUAAGGUUUUUUUCGAAGAUUCUCCGAUUUUGGCCAAUUAACCUAUGACUAAUCAUAAAAGCGGCUAGGCACAGAUAACUCACCAUGCUGAGUCCAAUAGUGAUAUUUGUUUUUAGGUUCGAAUUGAUCUGACAGUGUUAUCUCAAUAUAUCCGAAAUGUCGACUGCUUUGUUACAUAUGGAGGUUGAUUGUGGAAGUUCAGAAAUAUUGAGAUAACACUAUCAGAUCAAUUCAAAACUAAAAACAAAUACCACCAUUCGACUCAACAUGAUGAAUUACUCCUGUCUAGAUGCUUUUCCGGGUGAUCACAGAGGUCAAUUGGUUGAAAUCGGAGGCUCAGAAAAAGCCUUAUAAAACUUCAAUGUGACAUACUAGAGAUGGUCAAUGUUUGACCAAUCAAAUUUCGAUGUUCUAUCUUGAAUAGUGAAAACCGCAGGUCUCUAUGAUAUUCCUAUUGAAAUUUAUUCAAAACAAUAUUGACCUGCUUUAUAUUUUGGUGUCGAUAAUACAUUGUGUCUUAUAUUUUAAUAUCACAGAAAUUAUUCUAACAACUUUUUUUAUUUAUUUUAAGCUUGUUAAUCCUUCAAAUACAAAUGAAGAAGCUAUUGCAGAAACAAUUAAAACACGUCUUUCUGGCAUACCUGGUAUACCAUUUAUAAAUAUAAUUGAAGAAGCAUUUAAAUUAAAAAAAUUUACUGUUGUUAGACGAUUACUUGAUGUUAAAGUUAGUUUAAGUGCUCAAAUUGAUAUAUUAUUAAAAUUAAAUGAUAAAGAAGAAGCUUUACAAAAAGCACUUUCUUGUGGUGAUACUGAUUUAGCUCUUUUUGUUCUUAUGCGUAUUAAAUCAAGUGAA